UCCAGGACAGGAGAAGUGGGACUAUGCAGAGUCCAUACAGGACAGGAGAAGUGGGACUAUGCAGAGUCCAUACAGGACAGGAGAAGUGGGACUGUGCAGAGUCCAUACAGGACAGGAGAAGUGGUACUGAGCAGAGUCCAUACAGGACAGGAGAAGUGGGACUAUGCAGAGUCCAUACAGGACAGGAGAAGUGGUACUGAGCAGAGUCCAUACAGGACAGGAGAAGUGGGACUAUGCAGAGUCCAUACAGGACAGGAGAAGUGGGACUAUGCAGAGUCCAUACAGGACAGGAGAAGUGGUACUGUGCAGAGUCCAUACAGGACUGGAGAAGUGGGACUGUGCAGAGUCCAUACAGGACAGGAGAAA